CACCUCCUGGUCGCGGCAUUGCUUCACCUGGGCCUGUUCGGCUGGUCCCCCGCGCUGGGCCAGACGACGGCGGGCCCGCCGACAGUGAACCUCCCGCCGCCGAAGCCUUCUCCCGAGUUCACGGUGCAGUCCUGCUCGGUCACCAGCCAGAGCGUCACCAUGAACUGCGGCGGCAACUGCGCCUCUGAUGAUGCCAGGCUGCGAGAGUUGGAGAGGAAAGUGGAUCGUCUUAUGGCCAACUGCUGCAACGUUUCUGAUGUGGAAGAAAACAACACCCUGCCUCGAGACUGCAAAGAUAUCCUGGAUAACGAUGAGACGACCCCUAGCGGAGUGUACAUGGUCUAUCCGGCAGAUAACCAGGGAGGAUUCCAGGUGUACUGUGACAUGGACACCGACGGAGGGGGCUGGACGGUGUUCCAGAGGCGACAGGACGGCACGGUUGACUUCUACCGGAACUGGAUCGACUACAAGAACGGCUUCCCCUCCAACCUGAACGGCGAGUUCUGGUUGGGAAACGACAAGCUGCACCGUCUGACAGGGCAGGAGGCCUACUCGCUGCGAGUGGACAUGGAGGAUGUAGACGGGAACACGGCCUACGCGAAUUACAGCAGCUUCAGUAUCUCAGCAGAGUCUGAUAAGUACAGGCUCUCCAUCGGAGGAUUCAGUGGAAAUGCAGGAGAUAGCAUGGCUCACCAUAAUGGCGAGCAGUUCAGCACCAGGGAUAGCGACAAUGACGAUGUGCCUUCAUCACACUGCUCCCAGGGAUAUAAAGGAGCCUGGUGGUAUGGAUCAUGUCAUAACGCCAACCUGAACGGCUUGUACCAUCUGGGCGCUCACAGCAGCUAUGCGGAUGGAGUCAACUGGAAUCACUGGAAAGGAUACCAUUAUUCCCUGAAGCGCACUACGAUGAAAAUACGACCCACAGUUCAGUAAGUCCGGUAAUCAGGGCUGAUUCCAUGCGUUGUAGAAACUGUCAAAAGUGAAAGUGUAGGAUUUGCUAACUGUAAAUAAUGCCAAACAAUAAGCCCUUUCACUUAUCCAAUUGUGCAUGCGCAGGUCAUAGGUGAAAGCCCCUGAGACAUAGACAAAACACGUUUCGUGUUCUAUCUGCAUAACGUGACGUCACGACAGCAGUGGGUUAUUCAUUCCUUGACAAAGACUGAUGCUGUUCAGUCAAAAAUUUGGAUCAGUCCAACUUUUGUGUUGGAAAUUACAGUUCAACUAUUUCAAUAAAACACGCUGGAUACUAUGUAAAAUGAUCAACGGAUGCGAACUAUAAUUGGUGCCAUGACUGUAUUGUGGUGUAUGAAUUUUAUGAUGUAAAAUGAUACAUAGCGAAUAGAAAUCACCCAUAUUGAAUAAAGUAAAACUAAUAUUAAUCGUUAAUUUGGAAUUUGAAAUACAGAAUUAGUUAACAUCGAUUAACUGAUGUAUAUUAUGAUGGAAAGUAAUUGGUAUCAAAUUAAUGCAUGUCGGUGUAAAGAAUAUGUUUCAACAUGUUACAGGUGUAUUAAUACAAAAAUGCUUUUAUUGGUCAUAAUGUGUACACUAGCUAAUCUUAAUUCAAGGUGGACAAUAUCUUUAGCUUAAGCUUAUUCUUAGCCCGGCUAUACUUGUUUGUCUUCGUUCUACCAUUCUUAAAGUGUAUCACAUUUUGCAAUAGGAUUUACAAAGCUCAAAGUUGUAGUUUUCAGCAGGAAUUGUUCAGCAUAUUCCAUGAAAUAAAGUUAAGAAGUGACACAUUGUAUAAAGAUAUGGUGAAGCAUUGAGGUACUUGUGAAGUUUCUCUUAUGGUUGUUAUCUUCGUUCAUUCCUUGAUUACAUGACGUGUCUUAAUAAAGAACUUACAUGGAAAACAUGGAA